AUGACCGACCUCAACAUAUCAUGCCCCUUUUGUCCAUUUGUUGACUCUGAUGCCGACUUUGUGUCACAGCAUAUCGAGUUCUGCCACCCGGAAGGUGGAGGCCCGCCCCUGCCAGAGCUGGAGACUGCACCUCAAACUUGGCCAACUGGCGACACAGACAAAUAUGUCGAGUGCCCACAUGGAUGCGGUGAGCUGGUGACAGUCACCGAAUUAGCCAAUCAUCUCGACUUGCAUGUCGCGGAAGAUGUAGCGCUAGACGAUGUCAGCGGGACUCCAGCACACUCCCCUGCGUUCUCUGAGGAAGAAUUUGACGACCUCGAUAUGUUGGACUCUCACAAAGGUGGUAAGCGUGGGAUGCAGAGAGACUCUGCCCGCGCCAAUACCUCCAGGCCACCACGGCCACGCAGUCCACCGAGUACAACGAACGCCGAUGGUGUAAAGAGAUUAGGGGUAUGUAUGCCCUAUGAUACGUGUAAAGGGUUUCUUAUCACUAAUGAUAUUCAGCGCUCUGAACUGGGACCUCAUGCCCACGAGAAGAAAAUGCCAUCCUGGCUCAAAAAGAUGCUGGAGAAAGGCGGCAGCACCUCGAAGCAAACUCAAAUCACGUCUGAUGGCAAAUUAGCCCGAAAAGAGAUCGUCGAGAACGAAACAGAUCAUCUGAUUCCUGUUUUAGCUCGACUCUGUGAGCAGGACAAGUCUGUCAAACGGGCCUUCCUGUGUAGCCCCAAAGUUCGCCAUAUUUGCAAGAUGCGCAGGGAAGGCGGCUUUUGCGGAUAUCGCAAUAUACAGAUGUUGGUUUCGUGGUUGAAAAAGACCCAUAGCUUUGGUCAUGAACACUUCCCUGAUAAAGGGCCAACUAUCCUUCAGCUACAGGAUAUGAUUGAGUCUGCUUGGGAUAUGGGGUUCAAUAGUUCCGGUAGGGCUGAGACGGGUGGGAUCAAAGACACGCGCAAAUUCAUCGGGACGCCCGAGGUAAGUCUGUCGGUGAUGAAAUUGAGAUGGCUAGCUAAUAUCAUCCAGGCACAAGCUCUCUUCAUGAGUCUAGGGAUUCCGUGA